GGUGGUCUCGUAUUCCCUGUCGGACUCGUUAUGAUUGUGCUCCAAGGGUUUGAUCUGCUCACGAGUAAUCUUAUGAUCUUUCCCAUGGCUGUAUUGAAGAGAGCGAUUCCCUGGUGGAGCAUUCCCGUCAACUGGAUUGUUGUCUUUUUCGGAAAUCUCGUUGGCAGUCUGUUCUUUGCAGCAAUCCUUUCGAAAUACGACGGACUGAUGGUAGCUGAUCCUUAUGCAUCAUACGUAAGGUCAUUUGCCAUUACGAAAGCUAUCACACCUGGCUGGUAUCAGAUUUUCCUUCGCGGCAUCGGUUGUAACUGGCUUGUCUGCAUAGCCGUUUGGCAAGGAACAGGGGCCAGAGACACUUUGUCGAAAAUUGUCUCCAUCUGGUUCCCCAUUUGGGUCUUCGUGUCUUGCGGGUUCGAUCACGUUGUCGCAAAUAUGUUUUCACUUUCGUUGAGCAUUAUGCUUCACUCUGAGCUUACGACCGACCUGUACAUUCGCAAGUCGCUGAUUGCGUCUUUGAUUGGCAACAUUGUUGGAGCUCUCUUCGUGGGCUUGCCAGCUGUGUAUUUCUAUCUUGGUGAUUGGCAUGCCGAUGGUAUGCGUGAGGCCGAGGAGGCCCGCAUAGAGCGCAAAACCUCGGAGCCUAGUGACUCAGAAAAGACCGCAUAGGCGGGCUAACACUGGGACACUCAUCAUUUCUCAUGGAUUGGACGACUAUAUAUGGACACAUGCCAGGCAGCAUGAUUGACGGAGAAUCCUGGAGAUACGACACGAAAUACUGGAACGAAACACGCUCAAUUCAUUCUCAAACGAUCCUCCACGGGCGGGUGUACGAUGGGAGAGGUUGGUAUUUAUGUGUCAUGAAACAUCAUGUUGUACACAGUUGUAGGGAGAGGCAGACGGAAGGGAUCGUAACAUAAUGUAUUGGUCGAAUAUCGCAAGUAUUAAGCUUGCGGUGCGUCGAAGUUUUGGAUGUUUUGUGUACUCUACAGGAAUUAUUACAUGUUGUCUGCACCACUGAUCAGCGCUCAGC